AUAUAAAUUCAAGCAAACAAAUUUGUUCAAAUCUUUCAAUGCAAUACAUAUUUUAUUAAUAUUCACAUUGCUGACACAAUUCUCACAAGUUUCUGGAGAUAUUAUGGCUGCACCGAAGUUGUUCGCUUGCGACUUUGAGGUGUUUGGCAUAGUGCAAGGUGUAUUUUUUCGAAAGUACACUGAGGAACAUGCUAAUGCUCUUGGAGUACGUGGCUGGUGUAUGAAUACAAAGAUUGGCACAGUCAAGGGACAGUUGGAAGGAGAGCUUGAGCCUUUGAAUCAAAUGAAAGAGUGGCUACAAACUAAAGGUAGUCCCAGCUCCAUGAUUGAGAAAGUCGAAUUUUCACCGACAAAGUCUAUAAAAAAUUACACUUUCAAUAAGUUCUCCAUAAGACGCUAAAUGUUAUUCACCACUAAAAUGACUUAAAUUCUUAUCAAUUUAAAUCUGUCCAUUUCAUCUGUUGGCACAGUCAACAUGCAUAAAUACAUACUUAAGUAUGUAGCCUAGUCAAAACCCUGCAUAUAUUUUUAUUUGUUUAAAACCGUUGCAGUAAAAUGUGUAAGAAUAAAAAGCACUGCACAAAA